AGAGUUCGUGUUGAUCGCACGUAUUUGCUGUGCCUGUGACAAGAAUUUGAAGAUCUGUAAGAAAAGCAGCCAAUAUAUGUAUUUCAUAUACAUGCAUACUUAAGUGCUGACAAAAGAAAAAUUGAAGUGCAAGUGCUGAACUUAGCAAAUAGGGAAUCGAAAAAAAAACGUGAUAAUAAAACGAAAUAAGCUCUACUUAAAGUAAACGUAAAGGAAAUAUACGAGUACACAUAAAAAAUUGGAAAAAUUAAAAAAAUCACUAACUCAACAAAUUUAUUUAAACGCUUACAAGUUCGUUUCGUACGCUACAGACACCACUUGGAUUACGGGUUUCCGGUUGCGCGUCUCGUCGAACUUACCACAAGCAAACAAUUUAUGAAUAAAUGCACAUGAAAAAAGUUUAAAAGCAAGCAACAACAACGAUGCCAAUUACUCUGCUACAAAAUGGUGUAGUGGCAUAAAAUUUGUGCGAAAAAAAGAAUUGAAAAUCAUUUUUUUUUGUUUGCAUUGCAAUAAACGCAUAAAUUUUGCCAAAAAUGCGCAAAUUAAAGAAAUAACGUUUUGCCUAAAUCAGCAACACCUAGACGAGUGUGUGUUUUUGUCAGUGUGUGAGUGUGUUUGUGCUCUUUGUGCAAUUGUGCAUUUGUGCAAGAAAUCACAGAAAAAUCGCACAAGCCGACAUAUUGAAAAUCAAAAAAAAAGUGCAUCGUUUUUUAAAGCAUCAAGUCAAAAUUAAUAAAAAAAAUUUAAAUCACACAUACCAACACAAUGUCCACAAAAAUGACGCUCAUCUCCAAAACAAUUCUCUCCGUCCUCAUCACCGUUAUCAUACCCGUGCUCGGCGCGGCGCUUAGCAAAACAGUGCUUUAUCAGGCGCCCGACGAGUGCCGCUGGUCCGGCACCAGCGAAGCGGACAUCACGCUCGUCUGCCACCUGCGCACCAUCAACUCGGAGCUGGAGAACACCAACUUCAGCGUCAUACAGCCGCAGAAUACGAUACGUUUGCGGCUGGAGUGCAACGAUGCACUCUUCUUCCAGAGCAGCCUCAGCCCGGACUCGUUCCGUUCGCUGGUGGAGCUGCGCGCACUCACCAUCGAAUACUGUAAGCUGGGCAACAUCACAGAAGGCUCGUUUCGUGGUCUGCAGGAUUUGCGAAAUUUGACGAUACGCACGCACAACGGCGACUGGUCCACCAUGUCGCUGGAUAUUGGGAGUAGCAGUUUUAGUGAAUUCCGUCAGCUCGAUCGCUUAGAUUUGAGUUUGAAUAAUAUCUGGCUGAUACCGGACGGUAUGGUGUGCCCGCUGAAGGUGCUCACACACUUGAAUAUCUCACACAAUGAGAUACAGGAUAUUGGCAAUUUCCAUUUUAGCGCCUCGCUUAGCACACGCAAAUCGCGCAUAUGCGGCUCGUCGUUGACACAUCUUGAUUUGAGCGCCAAUAAAAUUGCCAAUCUGCCAUCUGCGAUUUUCUCCGGUUUGGGGCGCUUGAGUAAUUUGAAUUUGGCGCGUAACGGCAUGAAUUUCAUUGCGGAUCGCGCUUUCGAGGGUCUGGUGUCACUUUCCGUUGUUAAUCUAUCGGGCAACCGUUUGACCUCGUUGCCGCCUGAACUCUUUGCAGAGGCGAAGUACGUGAAAGAGAUUUAUCUGAAGAAUAACAGUAUUAAUGUGCUUGCGCCUGGCUUAUUUAGCGAUCUUGCCGAUUUACUCGUAUUGGACUUGUCUGCGAAUGAGUUGAAUUCACAAUGGGUCAAUGCGGCCACCUUUGUCGGCUUGAAGCGUUUGGUGCUGCUUGAUUUGUCUGCUAAUAAGAUUAGCAAAUUGGAAGCCAGCAUUUUCCGUUCGCUCAGCUCAUUGCAGAUACUCAAGCUGGAGGAGAACUACAUUGAUCACAUUCCGGACGGUGCAUUCGCCGAUCUGGCCAACCUGCAUACGCUCAUACUUUCGAACAAUCGCAUUUCCGCGAUCGGCCCGCACACAUUGCGUGGCCUUUAUGGCAUACUUGUGCUGAGCCUUGACUACAAUCGCAUCACCAAGAUAGACACGCAAGCGUUGCGCAACUGCUCUAGCAUACAGGAUUUACAUUUGAAUGGCAAUAAGCUGCAGACCAUACCGGACGCACUGAGCGCUGUGCCGCUGCUAAAGACAUUGGACAUUGGCGAGAAUUUAAUUACGAACAUUGAAAAUACCAGCGUUUCGGCGAUGGGCAACUUGUAUGGCUUACGGCUGACCGAGAAUGCCAUUGAGUUCAUACGGCGCGGCGUAUUCGAUCGCAUGACAUCGCUGCAGAUACUGAAUUUGUCUGGCAACAAAAUCAAAGGCAUCGAAGGCGGCUCACUGCAUCGUAACACGCAGCUGCAGGCCAUACGGCUGGAUGCCAACCAACUGAAGAGCAUCGAUGGCCUGUUCACCGAGUUACCAAAUUUGGUGUGGCUAAACAUUUCGGAUAAUCGCUUGGAGAAGUUCGACUACUCGCACAUACCGACCGGUUUGCAGUGGUUAGAUGUGCGUGCCAAUCGCAUAACGCAGCUGGGGAAUUACUUCGAAAUCGAAAAUGAGCUAAGUUUAAGCACAUUUGAUGCAAGCUCAAAUAUGCUAAGCGAGAUUACAGCAAGUUCCAUACCGAAUAGCGUGGAAGUCUUGUACUUGAACGAUAACAUGAUCAGCAAGAUACAGCCAUACACGUUCUUCAAGAAACCCAAUCUGACGCGCGUCGACCUCAUACGCAAUCGACUCACGACGCUAGAACCAAAUGCUUUGCGGCUCUCGCCCAUUCCAGACGACAAGGACAUACCCGAAUUCUACAUUGGCCACAAUCCAUUCCAAUGUGACUGUAAUCUAGAUUGGCUGCAGAAGGUCAACAUCGAGUCACGCACGCAACCGAAGCUCAUGGAUCUCGAUCAGAUCUACUGCAAGUUGUCGUAUGCGCGCGGCAAGACGCACGUGCCGCUCAUUGAAGCCAAGUCGAACGAGUUCCUUUGCAAAUACGAGGCGCACUGUUUUGCGCUAUGCCACUGCUGUGACUUCUAUGCAUGUGAUUGCAAAAUGGAGUGCCCAGAUCGCUGUGCUUGCUACCAUGACCAAUCGUGGACAUCGAACGUCGUCGACUGUUCGCGUUCCGCCUACGACCGCACACUGCCUUCGCACAUUCCAAUGGACGCGACACAGCUCUACUUGGAUGGCAACAACUUCCGCGAACUCUCAAGCCACGCAUUUAUUGGGCGCAAGCGUCUAAAAGUGCUGCAUCUGAAUCACUCGCGCAUCGAAAUUGUACACAAUCGCACAUUCUACGGCUUGCUAGAGCUCGAAGUGCUGCAGCUGAACCACAAUAACCUGCGUCAAUUAAAUGGUAAUGAGUUUCAAGGGCUGGAUAAUCUGCAGGAGUUAUAUUUGCAACAUAAUGCCAUAGCCAGCAUUGACACGCUCACCUUCACCCACCUCUAUCACCUGAAGAUUUUGCGUCUCGAUCACAACGCCAUCACAGAGUUCGCCGUUUGGAAUUUCCUACCCUCCUACCUAAAUGAGCUGCGACUAGCUGGCAAUCCUUGGUCGUGCAAUUGCGACUUUAUCGACAAGCUGCGCGAUUAUGUCAAUCGACACGAGGCGGUGCAGGAUAAGGCGAAGUUGCGUUGCUCACUGCUCGCUGGCAACAAUGGCACUUUUGCUGGCAACAACAACAGCGUCUUGAAUGCGCAGCCACCGGCUAGCGAACAGCUAGCGAUCUACCUCAGCGGCGAUCCGCUACUGGAUGCACAAACCCACUUUGUGGCGUGCAAUGGUGGCUUGCAAGCACCACAACAUCAGUCGCCGCUCGGCGCUGGCCAAUACCCCGGUGGCAGCGGUCAUGGCGCUCAUCCAAGUGAAAAUGAGAUAAUCAAUGGCAAUAUGACCUCCACAAAAAUGAUACUCUCGCAGCCACCCAUGCACGAAUAUGUGCCCAUACUUGUUGCCAUACUGACCAGCUUCGUUUUCGUGAUCAUUUGCACGCUGCUCGUGUUCAUCUUUCGCCAAGAAAUGCGCGUCUGGUGUCACUCACGUUUCGGCAUACGGUUGUUCUGCAAUGCGAAUCGCGAUGUCGAUAAGAAUGAACGGGAAAAACUGUUCGAUGCCUUCAUCUCGUACAGCUCCAAGGACGAGGCAUUUGUGUGUGAAGAUCUUGCACCCAUGCUGGAACAGGGUGAUACGCGUUACAAAUUGUGUCUACACCAUCGCGAUUUCCCCGUGGGCGGCUACAUGGCCGAUGCUAUAGUGCAAGCUAUUGACACCUCACGACGCACCAUCAUGGUGCUUUCCGAGAAUUUCAUCAAAUCAGAGUGGUGCCGCUUCGAGUUCAAAUCGGCGCAUCAGUCAGUAUUACGUGAUCGGCGGCGACGUCUCAUACUAAUCGUGCUCGGCGAAGUACCGCAAAAGGAUAUCGAUCCUGAAUUGCGUCUCUAUCUGAAAACCAACACAUACUUGCAAUGGGGUGACAAACUGUUCUGGGAAAAGUUGCGUUUCGCGCUGCCCGAUGUGCCCAACAAUCAGCGACGUAUGCGCAAUGCAGGCGGUGGCGUUGGCGGCUGCACCGGCGUAGGUGUGCACAUGCCCAUCGCCCAACUGCCACCCGCACAUCAUCACCAUCCGCAUCACAUGCUGCCACAAGGCAACAAUGGCGGCGCGGGCAGCAACAUCGGUGGGCCCGGCAGUCAUCAUCUGCAUCACAUGCACCCACAAGCGUCACUACAACACCAUCAACUGCAACAUGCCAGCUUCCGGUCGCAAAUGCAUCACAAUAUCAACGGCAGUCGACAAAAUCACAACCGAAACAACUCGGCUGCGGCCGUCGCCGCGCAGCAACAGCAUCAGCAGGCGGCAAUGUUAAUGGGAGCGCCUGUGCAGUGCGCGCAAAUGCCACUGCCGCCACAACAGUCACAACAACUACUACCGACGGCGUCUGGUGCGGGCGCGCAACCUAGUAGCAUACAACAGCAGCAGUUGCCGCCACCGCCGUGUCCCAGCCCGCGUAGCAUUACGACACAGUCAUCGGCGGCGGGUGGUAGCUCACAGAGUUCCGGCCGUACAAUGGGCGUGCACAUCUAAGAUGGACGCUGAGCGGUGCAGUAUGCAAUUUUAAUGUAAGUGUGUGGGUGAAACGUCCGAAGGUGAAGCAGGUGGGGGGUGGCUGAUGUACGGUGCGUAGGGAAAGAGUGAGUGCGAAUUUCGAUUUGUUAUGCGCAAGCGCUGAAGGUUGAAGAGGCUGUACGAAAAAGCUGUAGGCCUUCGAGUGCACAUCAAAAGUGUGGCAGCGGGAAAUUGUGAGGGAAGGCUUUAAAAAAUUUACGACUUUCAAAACCUGCAAUAACUUAGCGCUCUAUUUUUCGUAAAGUGUGCAGCUAAAUUUUGUUUUUUUAAUUUGUUCAGACCCUUGACAUUCUCUUUCAAGCACUUUGCUGAUUCAUCAAACUCAGCUUACGUACCAUUUUAGGCUAUGAUCAUUUGCUGUUAGCAUUCACUUACACACACACACACACAUACAAAUCUAUCAUCAUGUGUGCAACACUUGCCUUUCACAUUUUGAAUUUCCGAUCAGCGAUUUGCAAACAUUUCCCAAAUUCAGGUCAAACAAAUCGGUGAAACAAAAAUAUCUGCUGUUGAAAGGCAACAUUUCGACACAAAAAGGAAAAUAAAGAGGAGCUGCAUGCAACACUUGCAACACAUUAGCGCACAUACACAUGCACAUAUAUAUACAAAAAUUUCAUUUAAGUAUGUAAAAAUAUAAGCGCAGCGUUUCUAUUUCGAAAACAAAACAAAAAACGAAUCGACAGUCAAUAGUCGCACACUGUUUGGCAUUGAACAUUUACUUCGUGCAACAUGACUAUUGGCAACAUGUUGCCAUUACUUUGCGCAUUGUGCAUAUCUGGCGUAUUUUGUAUGUAUGUAUUGAGCUAUAAUGUGUGUACAUGUGUAAGUGUCUGCGCUUGAUUUGUGUGCAACGUUGCUUGUCAAUGUGAAUAUUUUUUUUAAUUUUCUGCUUUUUAUU